AUACUCCAGCGCACCUGUUUCCGAUGCGCGUCCACUAGGUAGAGAAGAAGUGACGACCUACUCGUUCACCCACACGUAGAAGGCCUAGUGAUGACAGGACAAAGAGUAAGGUCCUUCAUCAAGUAUGGCCUUGUUGGAACAGCAGUCGUUGGUACAGGUGUAUUCCUCCAGCAAAAUUAUUGGGAUGUGUCGUCGAUCGGCGCCGUCAGGUUUGGCAGAGCAGCAUACGCUGCUUUUAGGGUGGCUGUUGACUACAAAAUAACCUACAAAAAUCUGCAUGAAAAUGACCCGGAUUACCGUAAAAAAGCAUCCAUGGUACAUUUGCGGUCAGCUUUACGGUUAAGGGAGAUGUGUUGUGCUAAUGGUGGAGUGUUCAUCAAAGUUGGGCAGCAUGUCGGUUCUCUAGAGUACUUGCUGCCAAAAGAAUAUGUUGAUACCAUGAAGGUUCUCCAUGACAAGGCACCUGAAUCAAAACUACAGGAUCUUUACAAAGUCAUAGAGCAAGAUCUUGGUCAAAAGGUAGAUGCUAUGUUCACUGACUUUAGCCCGGAUCCAUUGGGUGCAGCCUCAUUGGCACAAGUACAUAAGGAGUACUUGAAGGACGGAACAGUUGUAGCUGUGAAAGUGCAACAUCCAACUGUCAAAUCUCACUCUUAUGUUGACAUGAAGACCAUGGAGUUCCUGCUGAAUGCAGUUGCAUGGGUAUUCCCUAACUUCCAGUACACCUGGUUGUCUGAUGAAACAAAGAAAAAUCUGCCCCUUGAGCUUGACUUUCUCAAUGAAGGAAAGAACUGUGAAAGAGCAUCUGAAAUGUUCAAGAAACUUGACUUUCUCAAAGUGCCAAAAGUAUACUGGAAGUUGUCUUCAGAAAGGGUUCUCACAAUGGAGUUUUGUGAGGGGGGCAAAGUGGAUGACAGGGAAUAUAUGAAACAGCAUAACAUCUCUGUCAAUGAGGUGAGCCAGAAGCUUGGGAAGUUGUACAGUGAGAUGAUAUUUGUGCGGGGCUACGUGCACUGUGACCCUCACCCUGGCAAUGUCUUUGUACACAAGACAAAGAAAGGAACCAACAUCAUUCUGUUGGACCAUGGCUUGUACCAGACUCUGAGUGAUGACUUCCGAGUGAACUAUUCAAAGUUGUGGAUGUCACUCAUCAGUGCAGACUUGGAAGGCAUCAAGAAAUAUGCUCAUGCCUUGAACUGUGGGGAUAUGUAUGGCUUGUUUGCCUGUAUGUUGACAGCUCGGUCAUGGAAGGCUGUCUCGUCAGGCAUGGCUAAGCAUGCAUUCACAGACCAAGAGGGAGACGAUAUCAAGGGUGAUGUGGCCAAGUACCUGUAUGAAAUAACAGUAAUAUUGAACAAAAUACCAAGACAGAUGUUGCUCAUAUUAAAGACCAAUGAUGUCCUUCGUGGUAUUGAGACCUCACUACAGACUCGUGCGAAUGCUACCUCGUUCAUCAACAUGUCAAAGUGCUGUAUUCGAGGUCUUGCUCGUCAUCGUAUAAAGACAUGCAAGACAUGGACUUGUCGUCUUCGAGCAAGAAGUAAAGAACAAUGGCAGCUUUUCAGGAUAUCACUCUAUGAGUUUUACUUGUGGUGUGUCAGUUCAUCUCUUGGACUCUAUUUCCUCAGGAAGAAACCUUUAUAUUCUUAGCGAAACAGUGUCCGGGAAUGAGUGUUACAAGAGAACCUCCAUAUUCUUUACAGAUUGGAUUGAUUUAUGAAUUUCAACUUCUUUUCAUUAUUCUAUGCCAUUCUGUGAUACGGAGUGGAGUGAAGUGAAGUGGAUAUGUCUGUGGAGAUCUGGUUAGCAUGUGAUACGAAGUGGAGUGAAGUGAAGUGG